UACAUAAAUGCCAAAGAAUUUAUAUAUUGACAGAAGGUUCAAUUAUUUUUAAGUUAUUUGAGUCAUCUAAAGUUCUAUAAAUAAUAUUAAAAACUCAUCAACUUAAAUUUAUCGUAUCAUUCAUUCCUAAGAAAUAAAAGUACAUAUUCUGAUCUGUUGCAAUCAUGCACGUGUAAGCAGUGGCGCAAUCUACAAGAAACAGCACGAUAUUUAAUGUCAUAGUUUCAAUGAAGGAACCAAUGACUUUCAUCAAACGAGAGAACGUUUUAUCAUUUACAUCACAACAAUCGAUUAUAAACUGAUAAAUCGUAUACUUUUUAAUUGAAACUCAUUAUCAGUUUACCAAUAUCGUGAAUUUUAUCAAAGAUUUAAAAACGUGAUAGUUAAUAAAAAACAUAGUUAUUAUUAAGCUGAAUUUUUCCUGUUUGAAGUUAGUGUGUGGGUGUGUGAGUGAAGAUCGAAAAUGUCUAUUUCGUUACCGAUGAUGCUCGUAAAAAUUUGAAAUGCGAAUUAAAUAUUCCAUACGGAACAACUGAACGAACGAAAUAUGAUAUAUAUGGAACUAAUUUACCUAAAGAUUCCCCCAUAUUUAUAUUCAUUCACGGUGGUUAUUGGCAAGAAGGUAGCAAGGACUUGGCUGCAUUUCCAGCUCCUGUUUUUGUUAAUAAAGGAAUUAAAGUUAUAACUAUUGGCUACGAUUUAUGUCCUAAUGGAAUGUUUGGAUCUCUGGUCAUAGCGCUGGUGCAUAUUUAGUUUCAAGCAUUUUGUACGAUACAUCAUGGCUAGAUAAAAUGAUGAAAAACGAAUACUUAAAUCUAUUAAAAGGAAUUGUGUUAAUAGGAGGCAUUUAUAAUUUGAAUCCUUUACUUGAUACAAAUAUUAUUACACCUUUGAAACUUUCAAAAGAUGAAAUCAAAGCAUAUAACUUUACUACUCUUGAUACCAAAAAUAACAUACCUAUCCAAGGAUUAAGAGUUAUUGUAACUGUUGGAGAAUGUGAUUCGCCAGGACUCAUCACUGAAUCACGCGAGUGUGCUCAGCAACUUAUUACAAUGGUAGAUGAUGUUCAUUAUGUAUUUCUACGAGAAAAUAUUGACCAUUUCGAUAUCAUGGAAAAACUUACAAAUGAAGAAUUUAUUUUAACGAAGAUAAUACUAAAUAAUAUCUUCUGCAAAUAAAAACGAAUAAUUUGCAAAAGAUAAAUAAUAUCAAAACAUACAAUUUUAAUGUAAUGAAAUAAAUUUAUAACAUUUAACAUAUAAAAAUUGUACAUAUCUUAAUAUUCGUAAAAAAUUUAUUUAAUAUCAUAUAUCAAUAUACUAAUACAAUGUUGCUAAUUACAAAUCGUUUAUAAAAAAAUUAUGACGUUUAUUUAAUGUAAUCUAUUUGUCAUCUGUCAUUUGUCAAUUUUGCAUAACAGUGAUCACGACGAAUUGCUUUAACUAGUCAUUUAGAUUCCGACGAUGAAUUUGUCUUUGGAGAUUGCGAAGUAUUUUCCUUUUGUUUCAUGGGUAAUACUACUAUUUGAUUAGAUUGAAGCACAGAAUUUGUGCUUUUUUGUUUCAUUUCUGAAUUUUGUAUUUGAUUAUUAGUAUUUGUUCCCUGAUUAGCGGGUAAAUUCGAUGAUAUAUUAUUUAUAGCGAUAAAUUUUGUAUUUUUAUCUAUUACUCGUAACGGAGAAAUGAUCUGACUGCUUCCUAAUUUAGUUGCAUUGUUCGACUCUGAAUUCUUAGGAUUAAAAUUCACAUAAGUAUUUGUAAUAUUUUUUACAUUAAUUAUACUUUUACCUGUUGGUAUUACAAAUGUUUUACAGUUACCUUUUACAAUAGGAAUUACCUGAAUAGUUGCACGCUGAUGAACCGAAUUUUCUUGUGCAAUAUUUUGUGUAAGGUCUACGGUAUCUUUAGUGGUUGGUGUCUUUACUGUAUUUUCAUUUUUAUUACAUUCGUCUAUCUUUUCUUGCCCAUCUUUCCAUGUGAUUGGAGGUUUGGCAAAAGAGCGUACUCGUAACAGUGGCUUUUCUUCUGCAUCUUCUUCCUUAUCUUCUAAUGACUUUUCAUCCAUUAGACCUUCAUUUACUACUGUAAUUCACGUUUAUAAACUGACCUUUUGUUUUAUCUAUAAUAAUUUUAUUAUUUGCUGUGAUUGAUAGUGAUAUAUUAGACGUAGUAUUUAAAUUUUUCACUAGAUCUGACGUUGAUAUUCUGUCACUUUCCAUCAUUGGCUCUGAUUUAAAAUUAUUUGUACAAUUAGAUGUAUUCACAUUGCUAACUUUUUCUGAUUUAAAGUUAUCAUAUUCAUAACCUCUUAAUCUAUCAUUAAUAUUCUGUUGACAAAUUUCUCCCAUUUCUAGACCAGAAUUAGUUUUUCUUGUAUCAGACUUGGUUCUUAUAUUUGUUUUAUUUUUAACUAUUUCAGUCUCAUCUGUACUAUCAUUUUCAGAUGAACUUUUAUUAUUAUCUGUAUCCAAAUUUAUAUCAAUGUCACUAACAUCAUUAUCAACUUCUCCAUUAUCAUUAUCAUCUUCAUCAUCAUCAUCAUUAUUCUCUACACUAUCCUCAUCAUCAUCUUCAUUCUCUAUGAAUGAUCUUUUAAUGUCUUUCGUUUGUUCUUGUUUCUUUGUAUAUUCUUCAAAUAUACUUAAUAAUUUAGUCUCACCCAUCUUCUUGUUUUGUAUCAAUUUUUCAGUUAAUUCUGCAUUCUUCAAUGCAGGAUCAUCUUCUUUACCUUCAAGAAAUAAGGAAAAUGUGUCCCAAUAAUCAUCGCGUCGACACUUUUGCAGAUAGUCUCCUAAAUCGCUGAAUGCUUUUUUUGCAAUAUCUUGCCUUUUUCUGUCAUUCAAACCUAAACUAUGUAAUUCAUUACAUUUUGUAACACAUUUUAAAAUGUCAUUGUAAUCUGGAAAGAUUAAUGCUUUUGUAAAAUCACCAAUUUUUUUCAAUUUGUUCCUUUUCAAUAUUUUAGAAUUAAUAAAACUUGAAAUAGCAUGAUCCACAGAAACAAUUCCAGUUGUGCUAAAAUGUUUUGGCCGUAGAUAUUGCCGUCCUGCAUCAGUAUUUUCACCAGUGUAUUCACAAUAUUUAUUAUACAAUUCCACCAUUCGAUAUUUAUAUCUUUCUAGUUUGAUAUAACUACUAUUAUUUUCAUCAUCAAAAUCUAUUUCCAACUCUUCCAGUUUUUUUAUAAUUUUCUCACAUUUUUUCAUUGCUUUUAGUAUUUUACCAAUUUUCUUUUGUACAGCAAAUUCCUUUUCUUGUUCUUCUUCAUCAUUUAUAUUAGUUAACGUUAUUUCAUUAUCAUUAUCAUUAUCAUU